GUGCCGCCGGACCGUUAGACGGGCCCACGAGCUGCCGGUCGACCGACCGGGACAGUGCGCGGCCGGCCGAGCGGGGGGACGGCGACGCGGAGACUCGCCGGCCUGAGUUGCGGUGCCGGCGGACGCCAGCCGCUAUGGCCCUCGUGGCGUGGGUCAGUCGGCGGUGUCACCUGGGCCGGUCGGGCAUCACGCGUCUGGCACUCGUCGGUGCCAUCGUGCUCUGGACGGUCAUCUUCAACGUGCUGACCUUCGGCGGCCGGGGGCCGCCGUCGCAGCCACCAAAGGACACCAGCGGCUCGCUGGCGCACGUGCGCCAGAUUAUAGCUGACACGCUGCGGGCGGCUCCUGUGACCUCUGUGCGGUCGGUCGCCCCGGCGGUCCGCUCGGCUGCGUACGGUGGCCACGAGCCGCUCAGCUGCUUCACGGAUGCCUCAACAUCGGAGCAGCGCUCGUUCAACGAGUCGGAGCAGGCCAUGUUCCGCUACCUGUUUGACUGGCCCGAGGUGCCCACCAGCUCGUGCAAGCGCAUGAUCAAGUUUGGCGGCAUCGCCGGCGGACAGAACUGCCUGGUAGACGGCGACAAAUACGCCUGCCUAGACCCGCCCCUGAAGCUGGCAACAGCCACCGACUGCCUCGUCUACUCCUUCGGCAUCAACUACGACUGGAGCUUCGACGAGGCCGCGGAGCGGUUCGGCUGCGAGGUGCACUCGUUCGACCCAAGCAUCGACUACCCGGAGGGUGCGCGGUCUCCGGGCAUCACGUUCCAUCACUUUGGCAUCGGCCGGAACAACCACUCCAACGUGUACGGCUGGCAGAUCUACACGCUGGACGAGAUCGUGACGCUUCUCGGCCACGAGAACCGCACUAUCCACUACCUGAAGAUGGACGCCGAGGGCGGCGAGUUCGACAUGAUGGCGCAGCAGCUGUUGGACGGCGCCGGCGAGUUCGUGCUGGACAAGGUGGAACAGAUCGGCUUCGAGAUCCACUAUCGCCUCGACCCUCGGCUCCAGAUGAGCUACUACCUGGAGGCCAACGAGACGGUGACCUACCUGCGCCAGCUCGGCUUCAACAUGGUGCAGUGGGAAUACAACAAGGUGGUGUGGCAGCGGUACAUGUUCCCGGGCGUGGAGCGACCAGUCAGCCUGCUGUACGAGAUCCUGCUGGUUAAGAACGGUGUCGACUCCUGGGACCGGUCGAUCCGCGGCCGAAAGGAGGCGGAGGCGGCGGCGGCGGCGGCAGCGGAGGCAGAGGCCGAGGCUGCCGCCCAGGCCGAGUCCGCCAGCAAAACGUGAUUGCUGCAGGCUCGGGCUCCCCGCUGUCCAGCCUCAGUCACCGGUCGGGUCGCAGCUCGCUUGGACUGCUGCUCAGUUGCACGGGCCGUACUCGUCAGCGUCCGCCCGUCGGCUGGCGUCGCCGCCGCGGGCGGUGAAGGCGUACCUGUGUGACAGAUAGUCGACGUCACAGCCCUGGUGACAGGUGACGAGCGCCACAGGUCCGACGGCACGUGAGAAGCAGAUGUCAUCACCCGAUGACGGAUGACAGAACGACCAGAUGGUGACGGCCGACGGAAUAAGUGCCCUAGUGUAGGGCGUACCACGGGGGAGGGCGUCCUACCCCUUAGUGGGAAAACCGGGGCAGGUAUUUUUGCCUGGCAUCUGCCUGCAAGCUUGUAGACUGGACAAAAUUGAAUUCGCAUGGUGCACAUUCUAUCUCCCUCGAAGUUUCCGAAGAUAUGUGAUCAACAUCGAGGACUUGAUUCAUUUUGUCCUGCCCCACGUGCCCUCAGGUAAUACAACAUUGAUUCAUCGCAGCGGAUGUAGUUGAAAGUUGACGCGGAAGCGGACAACGGGAAAAGAACAGCUUGUUACCCACGCGAACGUACGAUUUAUUUGUACUAUCAGGGGGAAAGCUUUAAGCAUCCCAGUGAAGGCUCUGAUGUGUUUUUACUAUGAAGCCUUGUUGAUUUUAUAGUGCGUGCAUUGGCAGCUGACGUGGUUCCCUAGAAGUGGUUUGUGAUAAAUUUAUCGCGAAAUAUAUUACCGCGACGAA